AUGGAGUCGGCGGAGGUGAAGCGGAUUUCGGAGCCGGAGGAGGUGGUGGAGGUGAAGUGCUACUGCUGCUGUUUGAAGGAGGAGUGCACACCGGCGUACGUAGCGGCGGUGAAGGAGAGGCACCAGGGCCGGUGGAUUUGCGGACUCUGCACUGAGGCGAUCAAGGACGAGAACUCGAGGUCGCCGAGGAAGAUUAGCACGGAGGAGGCGGUGAAGCGGCACUUCAGAUUCUGCAAGGAGUUUCGGAAGUCGAUUCCUCCCGCGAACCCGACGGCGGAUCUGAUAUCGGCAAUGAAACAGCUGUUGCUGCGGACUCUGGACUCGCCGAGGUUGGGCGACUGCCGGCCGGCGAUGGUGAGGUCGAAGAGCUGCUUUGCGACUGUGGGGAAGGCACAGGGAAAUUGA